AUGUCAUCCAAGACUCAAUUGCAACACCGCCACCUGCCACGAAGCGUUAUGUGGCUGCACACGCCCAUUGAUAGAUUCGCCAUUCCUUGUAUGAGCGACGCCGAAGGUAUCACUACCAUGCCGGUACCUGGUCGUCGCUGCCCUGCCUGUCUCGAACGUGGGGACACUGUCUGGGUGGUUCCAGGAAAGUGCUGCGCGCAGUGCGGUACCCCCGUCAACUGA